AUGUCUACCUAUGCCAUCAUUGGCGCCACCGGCAACUGUGGCACCGCCCUCCUCGACAUUCUGUCGCGGGACCACAACGCAAAGGUCCACGCCUAUUGCCGCAACCGAGAGAAACUCCUGGCAUUGGUGCCUUUCCUCGUCGACAACAAGCGCGUUGAGGUCUUCCAGGGCAGUAUCUACGAUGUCGACCUCCUGGCCCAGUGCAUCAAGAACACCAAGGCCGUAUUCCACGUGGUGAGCACCAACACAAACAUUCCGGGCUGCAACGUCGGGCUCCAGACGGCCAAGUCCCUCAUUACGGCCUUGCAGCAAAUCCAGACCGCGGGCGCAUCUCCGGCUGCGGCGAAGUUGCCCAAGAUCGUGCUCCUGUCGUCCGCGACCAUCGACGAUCAUCUCUCGCGGAAUAUGCCGUGGCUUUUCCGGGCGAUCUUGUUGACCGCCGCGAAGCAUGUCUACGAUGACCUGCGACGGACAGAGGAGUUUUUGCGGGCCCAUGAAUCGCUCGUGACGACCAUCUUCAUCAAGCCCGGCGGACUGUCGGUCGACAAGCAGCGAGGCCAUCGGCUGGAUCUUGAUCACGAGGAGUCGUUUGUCUCCUACUUGGAUCUGGCGGCGGCAAUGGUAGAAGCGUCGGAUGACCCCGACGGACAAUACGAUAUGAAGAAUGUGAGCGUGGUGAACACAAAUGGCAGUGCCGGCUUUCCCCGGGGAACGCCAGGAUGUCUUUUGACGGGGUUGCUGCGGUAUUACUUUCCUUGGUUGCAUGCGUAUCUGCCCAGUCCUGGGCCGGCUUAG